AUGGCGGGCCAAAAGCUUUUAUCUACGCAGCAGGUCUCGGAGCACAAGACGCCAGAGGACUGCUGGAUAGUGGUGGACAAUCAAGUGUGGGAUGUCACCGACUUCCUCGACGAGCAUCCAGGCGGAUCAACCAUUAUCUUGAAAUACGCAGGCCGCGACGCAACAAAAGCCUACUCAGAAGUCCACGCUCCCAGCGUCCUCAAAGCGAAUUUAGAGCCCGAAAAGUUCAAAGGCGUGCUGGACGAGUCCACCAUCGACGACGCAUGGCUCAAGCCACCACCAGGAGAGAACCGUAAAGUCACCCUAGAAAACGAAAAGCCACCUCUCGAAACCCUGAUCAACGCUCAUGACUUUGAGGUGGUCGCAUCCAAGACGGCAAGCAACAAAACGUGGGCAUUCUAUUCCAGCGCGGCGACAGACCUAAUCACCCGUGAUGCGAACAAGUCCUGCUUUGACCGGAUAUGGUUCCGGCCACGCGUGUUGAAAAAUGUGCGGUCCGUCGAUACGAGGACGAAGAUUCUCGGCGGGGAUUUCAAGCUACCGCUAUUUGUUAGUCCAGCAGCGAUGGCCAAAUUGAUUCAUCCAGAGGGAGAAUGUGCAAUUGCACGGGCAUGCGAAAGCAAAGGGAUUAUGCAGGGUAUCUCCAAUAACUCCUCCUACACUAUGGACGAACUACGCACAACAGCACCAUCAGCCAGCUUCUUCUUCCAACUAUACGUCAACCGUGACCGCGAAAAGUCCGCCGCCCUCCUCCGCCAAUGCUCUGAGAACCCCAACAUCAAAGCCAUCUUCGUAACCGUGGACGCCGCGUGGCCCGGUAAACGCGAAGCCGACGAGCGGGUUAAAGCCGACGAGAGCUUAUCAGUACCCAUGUCGCCGUCCAAGGCCCAGAACGAUAAGAAAGGUGGUGGCCUGGGCCGUGUCAUGGCCGGGUUCAUCGAUCCUGGCCUGACGUGGGAAGAUCUGCGAUGGGUCAGAGAGCACACGCAUAAGCCGGUGUGUUUGAAGGGAGUCAUGUCCGCGGAUGACGCGCUGCUAGCUCUCAAGGCUGGCAUGGAUGGGAUCCUACUGAGUAACCACGGAGGCCGGAACUUGGAUACCAGUCCGCCGUCGAUCAUCACGUUGCUCGAGAUUCAGAAGCGAUGCCCAGAGGUCUUGGAGAGGAUGGAGGUCUAUGUGGAUAGCGGGAUCCGGCGCGGGACUGAUAUCCUCAAGGCUAUUUGUCUAGGCGCGACGGCCGUGGGUAUGGGUCGGAGUAUGUUGUUUGCGACAAAUUACGGCCAGGAGGGUGUGGAGCAUUUAGUUGAUAUUAUGCAAGAUGAGUUGGAGACGGCCAUGCGUAACGUCGGGAUCACCUCGUUGGACGAGGCCAGUCCCGACUUGGUACACACGGGUGAUGUCGACCCCUUGGUCCCGGCAUCCCGAGCACACCCUUACGCCCGGGCCAUUGCCAAAGGCCGACGACGGGAUUCCAAGAUUUAA